AUGACGCCCAAAGAAACCUGCACGGAAAGACAAUCACUCGAAAAGAGGAUGAAAGUUGGCCAGCUGGCAAUUUCUUUUGACAAGGAAGAUCUGGAGGGAACGAUCCAACCCCACGAUAAUGCAUUGGUAGUAACAGCGUGUAUAAGCGGCUUCUUAGUGAAAAGGGUGAUGAUAGACCAAGGAAGCGGAGCUGAUGUAAUGUACCCAGAUCUGUUCGAGGGGCUUAGAUUAAAAAAUCAGGACUUGAUGAAGUAUGAUACGCCAUUGGUCUCAUUUGAUGGAAGAGCGGUGAUCCCCGAGGGUCAAAUUUCUCUUUCGGUGAAUAUGGAGGGCAAGGAAGUGAUGGUGACCUUCAUAGUAGUCAGAUCGUUCUCCCCAUACACGGCAAUCUUGGUAAGGCCGUGGAUUCACACAAUGAAGGUUGUUCUGUCCACCCUACAUGUAAAAGUUAAAUUUCCUACCGAGCAUGGAAUUGCCAUGGUACGAGGAAACCAGCAAGUGGCUAGGCAGUACCUGGUCACCGCAGUCAGGUGGAAAGGCGAGCAAGUUGAACAGAAGGAAACCACCGAAAGAGCAUCUUCAUAG